AAAUAUUCGAAAUAAAGCCGUAUCUGACAAAACAAAGGAGUUAAUGUAUUCUGUUACUAAAUUGGAUACGAAAAAACAAGUAUUAAAUGUGUUAGAAAAAAUUAAAGAAUCGGGUGAACCAGAAGCAACAGCAUUCACUAAAAUGGAAAUUGAUAUAUGGAAUCAAACCCCAAAUAAUACUAAUAUUAACGAAUCAUCACAUGCAAAUAUAAAUCAGGAUGGUCGAUCUUUAACGCUGUUAGCAGCAAUAUAUCAAAGUAAUGAUUUUGAUAAACGGCAAUGGCAUUCAGCAACAACAUAUGAGCAGUAUAAUAUACAUGAAUCAUACAGAAAUAAAUCUGAAUUAGCCCACUUAACAAAGAAUUCAAAGAGAAGUCAAAAGCGAAAAAAUAAAGGCAAAGAACCUGCCUCAAGAUCUACAUUACGAAAAAAACCUAAAAAUCAAGCAUUGAAUGAUGAAAAAAGUGAGGAUUUAUUUUCUAUAUCAACUUCUACUCCCACAACACAAGAGCAAGACAAUUAUAUCGAAUGGGAGAAUAAAAAACUUGAAUUACAGCGGAAAAAUUUAGAAAUUCUUAGAGAAGAAAUUGCAUUGCGGGAAAAACUCAAUAGUUUAAAGCAGUUAAGUAGCAUUCUGGUUAAUAAUAUCCGUGAUAAUUACAUGCCGAGUGUUUAA